AUGGUGCUCGCAGAAGUAGAAUUAUUCGAAGACGCAGUUCCCUUGGUUCGUAGCUGUCCAGCCCUCAACGAAAUUCGCCUUUCGGGAGACUUCAAAGACCUCAGCAUAGAGGUAACGGUUACCGUUCUUUACACGAAAAUUUGUGCAUGUUUGUUAGGUAAAGCACGGCGCUAUUUUCAAUGCCCAUCGAAUAAUACUUGCGGCUCGUAUUCCGUCAUUGCGAGCUGCUCUCAGUGGCGCCCUCGGGAAGGCUAAAUCUGUCCUAAAUUGGUCGACCAUGUCUCUAAAGUAAACUCAUCCUCCUUUCUCUGAGUUUGCUCACUUAUUAUGCAUUUUCUAGCCUCGCCAAAUCAGUCAUCCAGUAUGUUUAUACGGGGCAGUUGGAAAUGACGCAGACGAAUGUGAUGGGCGUAGUGCUGUUUGCGAAAAUGGUGAAACUGUCUGAUCUGGAGAAUCGGGCAGUGCAAUUCAUGGCCAACAGGUAAAUAUGUGUCGGCUUUUUUCUAUCUAACUGUCGGCUGUAAAGAGUGAAUUUAGAAAAUCUGGCAACUACAUGGGACUUUGCCAAAUCUAUGUGCAUUGGAUCCCUGAUGGAGAUUUGCCUGAAUCUGAUGAACGCGCAGUUUAAAAGUUUGGUAUCUAGUGACGUCUUUGUUCGCCUGCCUGCUGACACCGUGCUGACUUUGCUGCGAAAUGAUAGUCUGCCAGUCGACUCUGAGGAGGACGUUUUUAUGGCCAUUUCAAGUUGGGUGCGUUCUGGCGGUAAGGAGGCCGACAACGAGAGGCUGAGUGUGCACGCUCCAGAGAUGUUAAAGGAGGUUCGUUGGAGUCAGACGACUCUCCAAUUCCGCAGUCGUCUAGUGGAUAGUCAUCCAAUGUUUCAGGAAAGCAACAGCUGCCUGUAAGUACAUGCUGUUCCCGUUCGUCAUUUAUUUCUAAUGAAAGUCGCUUUAUGACUCAGGUGGAGCGGUGGAUGAGCUGCGCAGACAGGGACACGACUCCGUGUCCCUUCAACCGACGUUGGAGGCCGCAUCCGACGAUCUUCGUAUUUGGAAGGGGCAAAGGUCAGGACAGGUGGUCUGUUCUGCGUUUCAAUUCGCGGCUGGAAAAUGAAGAAAGGGUUGCUGACAUGGAGAAGCAUGAAUACGCCUCCUGCAGUGUCGUGGGCGGUGAGUUGCCUAACAGUUACGCUCCCCCUCUUCUGCGCACCUGCCUUGUUUUCCUCUUUGUCGAAUUUGACCAUUUGGUGCCUGUUUUGGCAGAAUUUUAACCCACACACACACGCGCAGUAAUAAUAGGGGGUUUUGAGGUUAUGGCGUUGUCUACUUGCUCCCGUGGAAUUCCAUCAAAAUUAGCAAACAGGAAAACCGACGUAACUUAGCCUGGCCUGUCCCGACGCGUUUGCUUUUUCCGUCUUUAAUUUACCCAACCGUGUCUCCACCUUGAAUGGUUUGGGUCCGUCACUGGCGGCUACUCAACUGGGGGACUAGUCCAUCCACAUCUUUUUGUCUGACGACGAUAUUACCCUCUUUUUGCAGCAGUUGCACUUCUUCCCUGUCAACUGCACGACCCUGUUUUAGUAGACCUUACAUUGUAUUUUAUCCUUCAAAGUCUCCUGUCAUCCACCUCAUACAGGCACUUUAUUAACAUUUUUUUCUACCCCGUCCCACGGAAGAGAGCAUUUUCGUAAUUGGAGGAGACACUGCGCAGGUGAACAACUCAGCGAGCGUCGAUGAGUUUCUGGUGGGAGAACAGUGCUGGCGCAAACGGCCGCCCCUCGCUGUUGGACGCUCGUACCACGCAGCCGCUGUCGUAAGGGAAGCCGGAGGGAAGGCGCUUAUCGGAAUUUUCGGUGGACGCAGUGACCAUGGACGCCUUUCCUCUUGUGAAGUCUACGACGUCAGUCAGGAGAGGUGAGAUCACACUUGUCUUAGCGUCUCUUUGUUGUCCUUUUAUCUUACAAAAUUCUCCUGUUUUACCUUCUCACUCGUCUCCUUCCCGUUCCCACUACAGGUGGUUCAAACUGCCCGAUAUGCGAGAGAAGAGGAGCGCCACAGCUGCAGCCUGUCUGCCCGGCGACAACCGAGUCUUCGUUUUUGGCGGUCGGAAUGACUCCUGCUGGCUGCCUUCCAUGGAGUUCUGUCAUUUGCAAGCAGACUGGCUAGAGAGCGCGGCCUCAGCCAGCACGCAGGACUUCUGGCAACCAGCCGCACCCAUGAGAACUGCACGAUCGGCGCUGGCAGCGACCCACUUUCGGGGCAAAAUCAUUGUCGCCGGGGGAUAUGAUGGUGAGAAGGAUCUGGACGUGGUGGAGAUGUUCUUACCACCGGACGCCAGGUGUCCCCAGGGCCAAUGGACAGUGCUGGCCGGCAUGAAGGAAACCCGCUGGUCAUUCACGCUUGUCCCCUCCACCGACGCCGUAUAUGCUUUCGGUAAUGAUGCCUCCUCCUGCUCCUCCCUUGUUCUACACUGA